AUGGACACACAACACGAAGACGAGCCCGAGAGCAGACAAGGUAAUGGUCUCCCCAUGCGCUACCUUCGACUGCUUGCCCCGCCCUUGCAGCUCCUGUCGGCGACCAUGUGGCAGGUGGUCCAGCAGGGCCUCGUGCAGCAUUAUGGGAUGUUGGAGGAGUUUGUUACCAUGGUGACGGAGCUGGUUCCAGAGCUGAUGAGCUACAACCAGAGAGCGCAGCUGAUCCUCGGGCUGCGGGCCAGGUUGGUGAUGGAGACGUGUCGAGGAGAGGAGCCGCUGGACACAACCGACAUUCAAAAGAGUCUGGAUAGAAUCAAAGCCCCGAGCAGCGGCAAGAAUCACCCUGAGACUCUGGAUCGAAUAGAAGAAUCACAAGCAAAGUUCGUCGAGCUCGUGCACUCGCUCAUCAAGGAUUCUUCAAAGAGAAAUCACUUUUUUGAGGAAGUCUUCCCAAACUAUUACGGGUCUAAGUUCGACGCAGCUCUGGAGAUGCUGGUUUGGGAGUUCAUCACGCGACUGGAGGAGCUUCUGCCUGCGCCCGACUUCACACAGGUGGCCGCGCUGCUCGGGGACGCCCCCUGUCUGUUGGAGGACUGUCUGCAGUCCUUCUUCUCCACAGAGGACAUGCAAGCUGUGGUCGAACACCACCGCAAACUGGGAUUCUUAGAGGAGAAAGGCUCCAGGCUGUUACCAAUGGACGACUGCAUUCUCUCCGCGCUGCUGCUGCCCUCCGAGGCCAAAUCGUCUCCGGACUCGGCGCUGAUGGCGUCGGAGCUGGACCAGCAGAGUCCCGGUCCCGCCAAACCGGACUCUGCCGAAUGCAGCCCGGUCGUCGGAGACCGUGUGCUGCGCAAGAGGAAGCACGCAGACAGCAAAGACAUUCCCUCAAAGCAACCAACCAAGGCCUUAGCGCACAAAAACUCCUCUGUGGAUGAAGACAGUGAAUCUCCGCUCAUCUCCAUUUGGGGAGAUUACACAGACAGCCCAAAGCCGUCUUUGGGCUCAAUCUCAAAGUGGUCGGAGGAGGAGACUGUGCUGUUGCUGGACGUGUGGAGCAUGAACGUGGCGAGCUCGCGCAGACUGCAGAACGCACAACUGCUCGCACACAUCUCGCGCCGACUCAAUCAGAGCGGCCACCGCAGGAGCCCCGAGCAGUGCGGCUCCAGGAUGAAGCGUCUGCGCCGAUACUUCAACCAAAUGAGCGGCAGUGUUGGGAAGGUGGACUGUAAGUUCUACGAGCAGCUGGAGCGGAUCCUCCAGGCCGACCCGGACUCCACCUGUGAGACCGACGAACCGGACCAGGAGGAGGAGCCCCAGGAGGCGGACGAAGACCUACAGAUGCUCGAACACAACCUGCCCCAGGACGUCUCCACAGACACUGUCUCGUCCAGCGCUCGUGCUGCCUGGUCCGACUCUGAGACCCUGGCCCUCAUCCACAUCUGGGGGGAGAACAAGCACCAUGUGGGCUCCAGGGGGGGCCACCGUGGAGCCCAGCUGUUCAACAUCGUCUCCAAGAAGAUGGCCGACCUGGGGUACCUGCGCACGCCGGACCAGUGCCAGACCCGGAUGAAGAGGCUCAAGACCCGCUUCAGACAGAACUACGACAGCAAAAACAGAAGACUGAAAAAGAGUGGAUCACCCUCAAUUGUGACUCACAGGGCUCUUUCUUAUGCCAAAGAUUUCAGCGGUGCAGGGCAGGGCCGCGUGUUCUCGGAGCUGGCUCGGUUCAUGCCUCGGGACCACUCUUUGGAGGACGAAGUGGACCGCGCCCUGGAAGAGCUACAGGACGACGACUUCUCCGCCUACUUCAACCAGGACCUGGACGCUGUUUUCAACUUUCAGGAGGAAAGGAAGAAAAUCACUUGGACCGACAAAGAGACUGUCCUGCUGUUGGAGAUCUGGGGAGAUCCUCAGGUUCAACAGGACUUGAAGCGGAUCCCUCACAACUCUCCAGUUUACAACGAGAUCGCAGACAAGCUAGCAGCCUGCGGUUAUCGCCGUAGCAACGACCAGUGUUACACCAGGAUCAAGCGUCUCAAGGCCCUGUAUCGCAACUGCCUGGACAGAUUAGACAAAGGAGGCGUCAAAACUGACUUCAAGUUUUACAACAUCCUGGAGAAGAUCCUCGGGAGCCAGCCUCCCGCCUCCUCUGCGUCUUCGACCAAAGCAGCGGACGAAAUCUCGGAAGACUCCAAUUCCAACUCAGUGUCUGAAAUAGAUGGAGUUUGCUCGUCCGCAGAGAUGGGCCACUGGUCGGACCAGGAGGUGCGGACCCUCAUCGACAUCUGGGAAGAGGAGGAGGUGAAGCGCUCGCUCACGGGAGAGCUCCAGAACGGACAGAUGUACACCAACAUCAUCGACCGCAUGGAGGCCCUGGGAUUCUCCAAGACCUACGCCCAGUGCUGCCUCAAGGUCAAAGAGCUGCAGACCAAUUUCCAACAGUGUUACGAGCGCAAGAAGGCGGGUAAAGCCGUCCAGUACAGGUUUUAUAAUCAGCUGGAGCCGAUACUGGGGCCGACGAUGGAGGAUCCCGACGAGAAAGAUGAGGAGGCAGAGAACCGGCCAGGUGCAGUACAACCUACCGCAAAAUUGGGCGACAGCGGGAGCGCCGUGUGGAGAGAGCCGGAGACCAUCGCCUUCCUGGAGAUCUGGGCGGCGGAGGACAUCCAGAAGAACAUCAAGUCGUCCUUCCGGAGCGCACGGGUCUACGCCGAGAUCUCGGAGAAGAUGUCGGGCCUCGGGUACCACAAGACGCCCGAGCAGUGCCACGAACACAUCAACAAGCUCAAGAAGAACUACCGCCGAUACUGCAACAGGGCCGGCUCGCGCAGGUCCACCUUCCCCUACCUCCACAUCAUGGGGCCGGUUCUGGGCGGUUCGGGUUUCAGCGCCGACGCAGACGCUUCCUCCUCGUCCUCAGCUUUGGACUCGAACCAGGACGGCUUCACGGACAAGGACCAGGAUGCAUACGAGCAGCCCUCCACCAGCCAGCUGCUGUCGGACCAGGGCAAGAAGUCGACGUGGACGGACCGCGAGACCCGGCUCCUGCUGAAGAUCUGGGGGGAGGACCGCGUGCAGCUGAACCUGAAGGGCUCCAUGAAGAACCGCCACGUGUACGAGCACAUCUCCAGUACGAUGGGCGAGCACGGCUUCACGCGCAGCGCCGAGCAGUGCUACACCCGCAUCAAACGCCUCAAGGCUGGAUACCACCACGAGAAGAUGGAUUUCCGGUACUACAAAGAGCUGGAGGAGGUGCUGAAGAUAAAGCCCAAAGCCAGCGCCAUGUUUGAGGAUGUGCACCUGCCGGACGUCAGCCUCGCCGAUCUGUCCUUUCCCGACAUGUCCCUGAUCGACGAGCACGACCCCAACAGAGGCCUCACCGGAGACAGCGCCAAGAUGAUCUGGAGCGACACGGAGACCAAGGUUCUGCUGGAGAUGUGGGCGAGCGACGAGGUGCAGCAGAACCUCCGCGGAAACACUAAGAACAAACACAUCUACUCCCAGAUCAGCACCGCCAUGCAGGGCCACGGGUACAGCCGCAGCGCCGAGCAGUGCCAGAGCCGCAUCAAGAGGCUACGGGCGGGCUACCGAGGACACGUGGAGGGGCGCAAAGGAGCAAAGCAAGAGAUCAAAUUCUUCAGUCACUUGUUGCGAGCGUUUGGAAGCAAACCCUCAAAAAUAACGAGCGCGGCGAGAGCCGAGGACAGAGACUUUUGA